AUGUUGAACGAAGGCUCUUCGUCCGACUCAACCAAGUCUACGAAUCUAGGCAAAUGGGUGGUGACAGGUUUGGGCGAAGCUCGAGCGAAAACAGCAAGAGAGAUUUACAAGCCCAAGAUGAUGAAACUGUCCAGUUUGCUGACAAACCCGUCACUAGAUGAAGCUUUCUACAUUCGCCUCAAAGCAGUGAAGUCAUCAUCCGCGACCAAGGCCAACAUCGACCCGAUAGAAAAGAUUUACCGGAAUCAAACCUUCAAGAUUUUGGACCUCGUGAAGCCACUUCUUUUCAUGGCGAGCCGCGUAAGGAAAAGGAAGACCAAGUUCGAUAAGCGAGCAAUUCGUACAGCCCUCAAGCUCUGGGCCGUUAUCUACCACGACAUCAGCGCCCGGCGUCGCAAUAUCCUGAGCCAGAUCUACCCCCAGAACAUCGGCCUUCUAGACACCUCCAUCCUGCUGACGGGCGGAGAACACCUCUUCGGCCGGAAAUUCACGCAGUCCUUGGUGGAGCAAGUAAAGACCCUGAAUGCCCUCGAGGGCACCGCAGGGAGAUCGGCUCCAAGAGAACGCAACAGCAGCUACCAGCAACCCGGGCGUAGCAACAGCCAGCCGGCAUCAUCAGGGGUUCAUCGGAAUAAUAAUCAGGCGAACCACUAUGUCACAACUCUUCUAGCCUUUAAUAACUCUUUUGGAGGUCGCAUCGCCCGUUUCGGGGCUGAAUGGGAAAAAUUGACACUAGACCCAUGGGUCUUGUCAACAGUUGGUGAAGGUUUCCGAUUAGAAUUUUUGUCUGAGCCCUUUCAAAGCUCGGUCCAGCCGAACACCUCGAUGGAUCCCCAUCAACAAGCGUGCUGUGAGAAGGAGGUGGCUUCUCUCCUGGAGAAAGGAGCCGUGGUCAAAGCUCAGGACGGAAGCUUCAUUAGCAGUAUCUUUUUGAUCGCCAAGAGAUUGGAAGUCCAGCAAAAGUUCAAGAUAGAAGGGAUAUCUACCAUUAGGCAUACAGUUCAAGAGGGGGACUGGCUGGCAAAAUUAGACCUCAAGGACGCCUACCUGACAGUCCCUAUUUUUGAAGGGAAUCGGCAGUUUUUCCGUUUCACGUGGGGGCGUGAUUUGAGCGAAUUUGUUUCCCUCCCCUUCGGUCUCAGUCUAGCUCCGUGGGCAUUUACCAAACUUCUUCGGGUGGCGGUAGCUUUCCUUCGUAAGCGCGGCAUCCGUGUUGUCAUCUAUUUGGACGAUAUUCUAGUAGUAGCCCACUCCCAUGCCGACGCUAGAUUGGCUGUCCGGCAAGUCAAGUCGCUUCUGGAGUCGCUAGAUUUUGUAAUCAGUACAGAGAAAUUAGUUGAAGAGCCGGUUCAAUCAUUGGAGUUUAACUUAGGACCCAUCGAUAGUUCUGGCCCACUUCGAUUCGACAGCAGCCUCCACGCCUUUGCUCAUUCAUCUAUCUCGCGAGACAGCAACCCUGGCACUCACAUCCCUUUCCAGAUACGCAGAGCUGGCUUCUAUCGAGCUGUCAUCCAUAGACUUCUCAGAAGGGCGAGCCUCCUUCUCUUUAGAUAA